GUAUUCGCAUUUUGUCAAAAGUCACAAAUCAUCAGAAAUAGCAUAAGAAUAAUUAUUUAUUUUGUAGAAAACGAAUAUUCUUAUUUUAUUAAACAUUUAGCUUGAAGGUUUCAUGUAGCUUUAAGGUAUAAUAGUGGAGCAAUAAGCAAUGGCGCUUUUGGAGGCAUUCCGUUCGAAUUGGCUAAUAGCCACUUUUGGUUGUAUACUUUUUACUGGUGGAUUAUGCGUACUCUCUUGGAAUGAAGGUCGAGCUGUACACACAAUUUUAUCACUCGACGAAGCGCUGGAUGAUGCAAUAACUUUGGAUCCCAAUGAAGAAUUAGAGUACAAUUACAAUGGUCGGAUAGUUCAUAUGACCGGACCUAUAGUGAUUGGCGAACCACUUACAGAACCAGACUACAAUAUUCAAGUGCUUGCUGUUAAAUUGAAACGUCGUGUGCAAAUGUUUCAAUGGGUGGAGGAAUCAAUGGAACACAACUAUGGGGAAAGUGUCGCAUCUGUGCAGUCAGAAAGUCGUACAUACUAUUACUAUACCGAGUGGCGUGAUAAGUUAAUUGACUCGCGUAAUUUUUACACACGAACAGGUCAUCAAAAUCCUGAUCGCUUCCCCAUAGAAAGCCAAACGCAAGUUGCUGACGCGGUCUUCAUUGGCAAGUACGAACUGGGUAACGACAUCAAAAAUAAGUUUACAAACUACGUGGAAUUGACUUCGGAUACAAGACCAGAUGACCCUUCAAUAAAAAUGCAUUUAGGUCUAUAUUACCACUCAAAUGAUGUUUUUAAUCCAGAAAUAGGCGACAUACGCUUACUUUUUUCCUUUGCUGGUUUGGAGGGAGAUAUGUACACUGUAGUUGGAAAACUGAUGAAUAACAAAAUAUUGCCAUAUCGCACCAGUCGGGGCGUAGAUAUACUGCUUGUAUAUAACGGAGAGCUUGGACUUGCUGAAGUUUUUAAGCGAGAACAUCACGCACAACGGCUUACUACAUGGGGCUAUCGCUUUAUGGGUUGGGUGUUGGUGUUCUUCGGUGUGACGUGUACAUCAAAGCUUUUACACAUUAUAUUAAGCCGAAUUACUUUCCUCUCUGCGUUAGCACCGGAUCCACAAUUCCCCGUGGGUGCUAAUAUAAUGCUAUCAUUGUCUCUUGCACUCAUUAUCGCCUCAAUUGCGUGGAUCCUGCAUCGUCCAAUGAUCGGCGCUAGUUUGUUGUUUGCCGCAGCGUCACCGUUCGUGUGGUGUGCUCGUAGUGUGACCAACUAUCAACGCGUAAACUGAAAAUGUACUCAAUACGUACGGGGAAAACUCGUAUAAGAAGGUUGUUUAAGUCCAUGAAUUACAUACUUCUUUCUAGUCAUUAGAAUAAUUGUUGAAUAAAAGCAAUAUGUUUUAGUAUGUACAUAUGUGUUUAUAUGUAAAUAUAUUGAACAUUUUACAUAA